ACUGGUAUUCUUUUUUGUAAUGUAGAAAGAUCUCUGUAGCUGUGUUUAUUUGUCACUAGUAAGAGCGCAAUUCCGCAGGAUCCUCCUCUUUACUAGUGCCCGCGGUGCGCGUAACCCAAACCAGGUGCUGCAAGUUGGCGCAUUUUGCGCAUUCAGGCCCGACAGCACUAAACCAGAGCGGGGUGUGUGUGUGUGUGUGUGAGAGAGAGAGAGAAAGAGAGAAAGAGAGGGAGAGAGGUCCUCACUUUUUCCCUGCUGGGAGCGCAGUCCUGUCUGUCUGUGGCGAGUGGGGACCAACCGCACCGACACUCACACACACAUUCGGAGGACGUGGCUGGAGCUCCGACAAAACCGAGAGAAUGCUAGCAGCUUUGGUAUUUUUGCUGUGCUGCUUCCAGUCUGGGAAGAGUCAGAGGUGCACCGAGGGGUUCACAUUCGAUAUUCGCUCCAGGCAAUGCAUCGAUGUGGACGAGUGCCGCACGAUGCCUGGUGCAUGCCGCGGUGACAUGCGGUGUGUAAAUCAGAACGGAGGUUACCUCUGCAUCCCCCAGAGCCUUUAUUCACAGCCGUAUGCCAGAGCCGAGUCUCCGUCCUACACCGAGCCGCUGUACCCUGACACAUCAGUGGGGUUUCCUGAGCAGUUUUCUCCUCCUAUCAGCCCCGGUGCUGGGUCCGCUCCUGGUCCGAGUUAUCCCAUAGUGGGCCGUUCCUCUGCCCCCUGCAUCCUCGGCUACACGCUCGGAGAGGAUGGCAGCUGUAUUGAUAUUGAUGAGUGUGAGGCACGGUCCCAUCAAUGUAAUCCCACACAGGUGUGUAUAAACACAGCAGGGGGUUACUCCUGCUCCUGCACCGAGGGUUACUGGCUGGUGGCUGGACAGUGCCAGGAUAUUGACGAAUGCCGCUACGGUUACUGCCAGCAGCUCUGUGCUAACCUGCCAGGCUCUUAUUCCUGCUCUUGCAACCCGGGAUUCAACCUGAAUACUGACAGUAGAACCUGUGAAGAUGUAGACGAGUGUGGGACUAACCCCUGCACUCACGGAUGUCUGAACUCAUAUGGCUCAUUCAUGUGCAGCUGUGACGAAGGCUUCGAGCUCGCCUCCGACGGAACUACCUGCAUCGAUGUGGAUGAAUGCAGUUUCUCAGACUUUCUGUGUCAGCACACGUGUAUAAACACUCCGGGCUCAUUCGCGUGCACGUGUCCGCCCGGUUACUACGUCUUUGAGGAUGGCCGGAGCUGUGAAGACCUCAAUGAAUGUGAGUCUGGUAACAACACGUGUACAACAGCACAAGUGUGUUUCAAUUUCCAGGGAGGGUACACAUGCCUGAACCCCCUCAUAUGUGAACCACCAUACAUAGAGCUCAGUGACAAUCAGUGUAUGUGUUCGGCAGAGAACCCCGCCUGUCGAGACAGGCCCUUCACUAUUCUGUACCGCCACAUGGACCUGUCCUCUGGACGCAGUGUCCCUGCUGAUAUUUUUCAGAUGCAGGCCACCACGCGCUACCCCGGGGCUUUCUACAUCUUCCAGAUCAAAUCUGGCAACGAGGGCCGUGAGUUCUACAUGCGGCAAACCAGCAACGUCAGCGCUACUCUGGUCCUGGCUCGCCCGAUCAGAGGACCAAGGACAGUCGUCCUGGACCUGGAAAUGGUCACAGUCAACAAUGUCAUCAACUUCCGAGGCAGUUCCAUCAUCCGCCUCACAAUAUUCGUCUCUGAACACCCUUUCUGAGACUGUAAACAUGACCUCUGACCUUUCACCAUUCCAUCAUGGACUUCCUGUGACCACAUUACCCAUCAGGCAGCUGUGUUUGUUCAUGUCGGUUAAUGUUUUGCCGUUUUUGACUGUUUUACGAUUAUGACCACCCUUUUAGAUAAUUUUUUAUUCUGUAAUGGGACUGACAUGUCAUGCCAGAGAGGUGUUUUAUAAAUUCUGCAUCUUGGUAAAGGAAGUUAAUAAAAAAAGCUGCCUCUGUAUUGAUCACUUUCACUCUCAUGGAUCCAGUCAGAAGGAUAUUUAUGGCUUUUUCCUUGUUCAUGUGGUUCUUUAUGUCUUUCUUUCUCUUUGGGGAUCAUUUCCAGAAAUAACACAAACUGCUCAAACUGUUUCCUCAUUCUUAAGCAAGUUUUUGGGUUUUGUUUUUCUUUUCUGCGACAGCAGCAGUCUCUAAACCUUAAACAAACUGUGAAAGCAAACUUACAUGAAACAUCCAUAAAGUUUGUGUUUAUUUCAGCUCUCUGUCAUGUCAUGUGUCCCCUGGAUUACCUGUUGUCUUUCAGUUUUUUAUUUGUCGGUGUAAAAAGAGAGCCUGGUCAGGUGAAUAAAGAUAAACAUGAUGACCUGAAAA